AUGCCGGAGCGAACUUCUCGGUCUGCGACACAGGACUGCAAGCAGCCGUCGCCGUCGGAGCCUCCAUGGGCGUCGCUGCAACACGAUUUGGUUCGUCUGGUGGCGUCUCGCUUGCUGGCCCAAGACUGGUUCGACUACGUAGGCUUCCGAUGCGUCUGCGCGCAAUGGCGCUCUGCCACGGACUGCCCGCGUGGCCGCGGCGUGGCCGACGUGCGGUUCCACCCACGGCGCUGGAUGAUGUUCCCGGAGGGCCGCGGCCUCUACCCCGGCCACCCCGACCUUGGAGACCACAUCCGUUUCUUCAACCUAGACUCCGGCGCGUUCGUCCGUGCCAGGCUUCCGCUGUUCGAGGACCACAGCGUUCUCGACUCGAUCAACGGCCUUCUCCUCCUCCAGCGGGACGACGACACGGCGAUCCGGCUCCUCAACCCUUUCACGCACGACAUCGUCGACUUCCCACCGCUCAACACCCUUGCUACCGUGCUGGGGCUACAGAGCUUGAGGUACACUACAGGAAUCGCGGUAGAUGCCGACGGCCUUCGACCCUCGGCGUAG